AUCUAAAUCAAAGGGGAAAAAUUCAAGAUCAAAAUCUAUGUGUUAGAUUGGACCCAUGAACUUGCUCUAAAGCAAAAUAUAGAGUGCCAAUUGUCUUUCUCAAAUAGGGUUGAAGUUGCACUUUCCAAUUUUCCAUGGUUACAUCUUCAUUCUCCAUUGUUGAUUUGUUGAUGUUCAUCUAGUACUUUCUCAAGAUGGUCUUCUUGUCAACCAACUCCUUCUCUCUUCAUUCACAAACCCACAUUUACUUCUCCAAAACCCCAAAUUAUAAAGUCCUAAUAUCAACAAAUCAGCCCUGUAUAUCAUUCCCCAAAUUUCAAUCUAUCACUGCAUGUAAUCCUGUUAAAAUCUCUCAAUCUUCAACUCCCACAACUUUAAUUACUCAUUUACUCUCUGCCCACAAAAUAAUCCCCCCUUUUUUGACUAAAAAUGCUGUAAAACUUCUUAUUGGUUCCUUAAUUUUGGUGGGUUCACUUAGUUGUAGACCAGUUAGGGCAGUGCCAGUUGAAAAUGGUGUAAAUUUGGAGGAGAAACAAACCCAGAAAGAGAAUGUUGAGGAUGAGGAGAUGUAUGUGAAGUUAGUGGAACAAGAACCCAGAAAUGUGGAAGCCUUAAAGGUUCUAGUCACUGUGAAGAUGAGGUUAGGAAAGACUAAAGAGGCUGUUAACUAUGUUGAGAGAUUGAUUGAUAUUGAGCCACAAGAGGUUGAGUGGAGGCUUUUGCAAGCUCUUUGUUAUGAAAUGUUGGGGAAUUUGAGUAAAGCUAAGAAGUUGUUUCAUGAAAUUCUUAACAAGAGGCCUCUUUUGCUUAGAGCUUUGCAUGGUUUGGCUAUGGUGAUGCACAAGAAUAAUGAAGGAGCCGCAGUUUUUGAUAUGUUGAACCAAGCUCUUGAACUUGCUAUCCAUGAAAAAAGAGUAACUGAGGAGAGAAACAUCAAGAUUUUGAUUGCUCAAAUGCAUCUUGUGAAGGGGAACUUUGAUGAAGCUUUGAAUAAAUACGGUGACCUAAUCAAGGAGAAUCCUCGAGAUUUUCGGCCUUACUUGUGCCAGGGAAUAAUUUACAGUUUACUGGAUAAAAGGAAGGAAGCUGAUGAACAGUUUGAGAUUUAUAGAAGUCUUGUUCCCGAAGAAUUCCCGCAGAGAGGAUUUCUUGAAGAUGUUGUACUGGCAGCAAAAACUGAAUCUAGAGAACAGCUGGAGAAGGAAUUUAACACUCAAUCUUCAUAUAAGUGAUGACUGUGCAAACUUUAUUUUGCAUUCGUGGUCCUUGGCUGAGUUUAUUAAGGCCCUAACCCCAUCCUCGUAAUUAUAGCUGGAGUAAGCAAAUCCGUAAGUUGGAAGUUUUUAUUUUUUAUGACGAAAUACCUGAUGUUCACCAGGAAGCUGCAAGGUAACUGCCUGAAGUCCACUACCCAUCACCUAUUAUAACGUUAUGAUGUACAUAUCAUGAACUUGGCGCAACACAAAUGCAUUUCCCUCUUCCAGAUAGUCCCGUAGACAGUAGCUUUAGCUAGUCAUGAAUAUUUUCUCUUAUAAAUAAGAGUCAGAUGUUCCUAGCUGGCUAAAGAUGACGUAUUCUACUACAAUGAUGUGUAAACGGUCGUGAUUUUUGAUUAAAUUGCAUGAGAAAAUCUAGUAAGUGUUAA